AUGUGGUUGUCCUCUGUGGAAACCAUAUUUAAUUACAUGAGAUGUCCCGAGGAGCACAGAGUUCAGUGUGCUGCUUUUCUACUGAGGGACAGAGGCAUUAUCUGGUGGAGGACUACAAUGCGCAUGCUAGGUGGAGAUGUGAGGCAGAUUACCUGGGAUCAGUUUAAGAACUGCUUCUAUACCAAGUUUUUCUCGGCUAACCUUAGAGACGCCAAAAGCCAGGAAUUCUUGGAGUUGAAGCAAGGAUAUAUGACAGUCGAGGAGUACGACCAGGAGUUUGAUAUGCUGUCACGUUUUGCCCCUGAGCUUGUUAGUAAUGAGCAGGCUAGAGCUGAUAGGAUGAAGACAGCCAAGGAGCUUGAUAAGGGAUCGUCGUCGGGUCAAAAGAGAAAAGUAGAGCAGAGAACUGUAGGAGUUCCUCAGAGGAACUUGAGACCAGGCGAUCCUUUUCGCAGUUUCCAGCAGAGUUCUGGCGGUGCAGGAGACACUACUCGAGAGAGGCCAGUGUCCCUUGAGAUCUACUGGGCUGGAUCGAGCAGUCAGGGAGAGAGACCUCCACAGCGGGGUACAAUCUUUGCCACUAAUAGAUCAGAGGCAGAGAAGGCCGGCACAGUAGUGACAGGUACAUUACCAGUGUUAGGGCAUUUUGCCUUGACCUUGUUUGACUCGGGAUCUUCUCAUUCAUUUAUUUCAUCGCUUUUUGUGACGCAUGCAUGCUUAGAGGUGGAACCCUUAGACUAUGUUUUGUCAGUGUCUACACCGUCUGGAGAAAUUAUGUUGUCUAAGGAAAAGAUUAAAGCAUGUGAAAUUGAGAUAGCUGGUCGUGUGCUGGACGUAACCUUGUUGGUAUUAGAUAUGCGUGACUUUGAUGUAAUUUUAGGUAUGGAUUGGCUAGCUACUAAUCAUGCUAGUAUUGAUUGUUCUCGUAAGGAAGUUGUGUUCAGUCCCCCUACUGCAUCUAGCUUUAAAUUCAAGGGGGUAGGAACAGUAGUACUGCCUAAAGUAAUCUCAGCUAUGAAAGCUAGUAAACUACUCAACCAGGUACUUGGAGUAUUUUGGCAAGUGUGGUGGAUACUAGGGAAGGUGAGACUUCUUUAA